AUGCGCGAGACGUCAGUCGCCUUCUCUGAGGGCUGGUGGCGCAUGAGCGCCUCGAUCGGCUGGGCAGGCCGGAAGAUCGGGGCCGCGGUCAAGGAGGGCGGCUUGGCACGGUCGGGGUCGCAGCCUGAGGACGCGCCGGCGGCGUACCAGGUGGGCCCUGGCGGCCAGCUGCCGCCAUACCACAGCAGCGGCGGCGGCGCCGUCGGCGGCGGGGGCAUAGGCGGCCGCGGCGUAGCUCCGGGCGCGGGCGGCGGCGGCGGCGGCGGCGUGCUGCGCUUUGGGGGAGACAGCGACGACCUUGACAGGCAGCUGUCAGGCCUGGACCCCCUCGACUCGCCCCCGCCGGGCUACGCGCCCGCGGCUGUUCCCCCGGCGCCCAGCCAGGCGCGCGCAUGA